GGAACGACAGCCUUCCAAUCCUACAGCAUCAGCUGCAUCCAUUCGAUUCGACGACGUCUAUAGUUACAUACAUACAUUUCCACUGUUCAACAGCGAAUUGUUCGUGCGAGGAACAACCUAUUGUUGAAAAUGGGCGGCUGUUACUCUUGUUCUUGCAUCGGUCACAGGUAUGGAAUAAUAACAAAAGAAAGCGACUACGUGGAAGAGGCACAAGAGCGUGCGGGCAUAAUGUCGCCCCCGGUCAAGGCCACGAUCGUGAAGGGCUACAAGGAUGAGAGCCUCUAUAAGACGAUGCAGGAGUGCAAGGACGUCAGAAAAAGCCUUCGAAAAGUAAAAGAUCCCGAUGUUGCCCGGAGAGAGAAGAAGAUGCUGCUCAAGAAGAAAGCACUGCGCUACAAAAUCAAGGGCAAGGACACCAGCGACGGGUACCUCGGAAUGACUCCGGGGAGUCUCCAGCAUGUCCGAAGAUCUCUGAGGCACGUGGAUCAAGAUCGAACGAAACCAAACUUGGCAUCGGAAUAGGUCUUUUCUGUGUAUAGCGCGCCGCCGCAUUCGUUCCUAUUGGGAAUUGGGAAUGGAACAUCGACGGUAGAUAGCAGCUGCCACUUCGGGGGUCCAUAUGGCUGCAGCUUGCAACGAUAAUGGGAAUGGCUGGAUAGCAACGGAAUCCGCCGCAUUGGAUAUUUAUUUUGUACGAGACAACUGCAAGUACAAGAGCUGUGCUCCGGAAAAGAUUCUACGAUACCCAAAGUGUUGUGGUAAGAAUUGUAGUGAGUGUCGACACCCUCAAAUUCAAUGCGAUGCGAUACAAUUUNGUGCUCCGGAAAAGAUUCUACGAUACCCAAAGUGUUGUGGUAAGAAUUGUAGUGAGUGUCGACACCCUCAAAUUCAAUGCGAUGCGAUACAAUUUGCAGAGAUACCUGAAAUUAUCCACACCGAUUUCCCAGUGGAGACGACGCACGCAUGCUUGGACAGAAGAAUUUCGCCAGAUGCUUGUGAUGCGAAUCUARAUUCUAAUCUUCCAACCGUUAAAUCGUSAUAUAAUACUUUAUGUUGAAACAGUGAUUGUGGGAUGGCCGCCAGGCGUACUGAAGAGCCGGGCGACGUGAGGAGCUGAUUCAGUGUCAUUAGUGUUGAAUAAGUAAUGAAGAACAAGGUUCCACAUGCAGGAUACUGAUAGGGAUKGAUAUACAGCUGGAAGCAUCUAACAAGCUAUAGGACAGCUGCUCAGGAUGGAGCUGGCGAGCUGGGUGACAGAUAGGAUCCUUAUGGUGUGUUGAAGUUGAAGAGGUCUUGAGAAGUGAAGAGGAUCCAAUUGAAGCUUUAGAUAGGAGAUUAGGUGUUAUGAUGAACCAAAAGAGCAAUAGGAGUGAAUUCCGGACAGAGGCCGUGAUUAUUAGAGCUAGGAGGAGAGCUCAUAUUUCGAGAACAAGGAAUAGAGAAUAAGAUAGAGA